UUGGCUCUGUUAUUGACCAUGCUCUAAUGGAACUCGAACCUAAGCCACUGUUAACGGUGGGUGUGGGCGUGUGGCUACUGGCGAUGGCGAAUCCGCAAACCCUAUGGAUCGCGGCGUCGUCUCGUCUCCCCUCGACCAUUCCCCUGCCUCGCAAAUCGUAACCCGCAGAUUGCCUCCGCCGUCGCUUAUGGUGAGCAAAGAAGGCCGCCGCCGCCGCCGCCGCCGCUCCGGCGGCGAGGACCGCAUCAGCGGCCUCCCCGACGAGCUGCUGCAUGACAUCCUGGUCCGCCUCCGCUGCGCCCGCGCCGCGGCGCGCACCAGCGUGCUCUCCCGCCGCUGGCGCCACCUCUGGGCAGACGUGCCCGAGCUCGUCCUCGUUGACGGCCCCGACGCGCCGCCGCCGCCGUCCUCCCGCCCGGCCUCGUUCGUCGACACCGUCGACGCCGCCCUCGACGCCCACGCCGCGCCGACCCUCGAUCGCCUGCUCAUCGCCCUGUCCGCCUCCGACGUCGGCAGCACCGGCGCCAUCCCGGCCGCACGCGCCGCGCCGUGGCUUCGCUUCGCGGCGGUGCGCGUGGCGGGGUCGCUGCUCCUCCUCGUCCCUCCGCGGCUGUCCUACCUGCACCCCGUCACCCUGCAGGAGCUCCCGCUCCCCGCGUGUGCCCGUGCCAAGACCAUCACGCUCAAGCUCCAGGACACGUGGCUUCUGCGGCCCGCCGCGCCGGCACCGGCACCGGCCGGCGUGUUCACGUUCACGGCGCUGACCGCGCUGACGAUCCUCUACGGCCGCAUGGACGGCGGCGAGCUCAGUGCCCUCGUGUCGUCCACGCGGUGCCCGUGCCUCAGGGACCUCAAGCUCCGCCUCACGUUGCUGGAUGACACCUCCGACGACGACGUCGUCUCCAUCCGCUCCGACACGCUGCGCUCGCUGUGGUUCUGCAUCUGGACGCACAUUCGCCGCCUCCGGUAGAGGUCGUGGCGCCAAGACUGGAGAAGCUCAGUGUAUACUACGCCUUCAAGGCUCGUUUCUCCGUGCCCAAGCUUUCAGAGUUGGUUUGGACAGGGGGAUUACGCCGAUGACAGUCAUCAGUUUGUCGAUGUCAGCCGUCGUCUUCAUCUGCUAGACAUUACACCGGAUCGAAGAUCCGCGGUGGCGCUAACGUCCCUGCUACAGAAAUUUGAUGAAGUUGAUGAGCUGAGACUGAUUGUCCACAUUCCUCAGGGAGCAGCAGGGUAUGAGAGCUUCUUGAAUGAGACAAGCAGGCUGCCGAAAUGUAAGACAUUGAAGAUAAACUUGGAGCGGAAUGGCCAUGGCCUGGCACCAAGCAUGUUCCAUUUCUUGAAGAACUGCACUAGUGCAAAGAAGGUUUCUGUCCGAUUGCUUGAUCUUGAUGAGGACUCACAGCAUUAUUCUUGCCCGCUAUCUUGCCCUUGUCGCUCGACAGAGAGUUGCAGGAUUGAUGACAUCGGCUCAUUUGAAGAGGUACAAAAUCAGUAACUGUACAAGCUCUCAUGAAGAAUUGGAAUUUGUGGAGCUGUUAUCAGAAUGCAAUGCCACAAAUCUGAAACAUUUGGUCAUUCACUAUUACAAGAGGAAGUUCCAAGCUCCUCUACAAAGCAAGGAGAUAUGUAAUUAAGGAGAUCUGCAGCAUGUAUGGACCAAAUGUUGAGGUCGAAUUCUACGUUGUUGGCAAAGGGAGGUGUGUGCGUUUUGACUGGAGGGAAGAUUUGCAGAAUGUAUCAACCAAAUGUUGAAGUUGAUUAAUUUCUAUGUUGUUGGACAGCAAAGGCUGGUGUGUUUUGACUGGGGGGAAGAUCUGAUGUAUCAAGUAUAUCAACCAAAUGUUGAAGUCGAAUUCUAUGUUGUUGGACAAGGAAGCCGUGUGUGUUUCGACUAAAGGCUUGUGAAAAAUGUUAGUAGUGGCAUGUUUAAUUGUUUCUUUGGAGUAGGUGACUGCUUCAGAUGGUCAAUUUGAAAAGAAGACUAAGCCUACGCCAAUUUCCUUAUAGUAGUAAACACUUGAUUUUCAAAUUGAAAUUGGUCA